AUGUCCCUCGAAGCUACAUCCUUAGGUCGGAAAAACGUCUGGUUGCCUCUUCUUCAGUCCCGAAUUGGCGAAAUCGGGUUUGAGGCGGCUUCGGGCGUUGAGCGACACGAUCGACUUGAUCUUAUUGGAGCAGAAUUGGAAGACCUUGAGGCGGCUCUCAUCUUCGGGAGGAAGUAUAGAAAUAAACUCAUCGCCGCCUGCAAUCUUCCUUCAGAAACAUUAUCCGGCAUCUUCAUAUGCGUGCGAGACGUCUGGCAGCCUGAGUUCAAAGGCAGGGACGGAGAGGAAAAGCGAAGACCAUACCCAGCUUCGCCUGUCAACCCGCCAGCUCGGUCGACGGCCUUGACAAGCAUCUACGCCGCCACCACGUCAGCCCAGAUUCUCGCUUACAUCGAGUCUCUCUCGUCCGACGACGAGGGCGACGACGACCGCCGCACUUUCUUUCACAACCUCGCCACUGCCGCCGGCCUCGUGCAAGACCGCCACAAGCGCCGGAACGAAGAAGCCGACACUGAACCGCCACAGAAGAAGAAGAAGCCCAGGGCUCCCGCUUCUGACGGAUCCGCCGGCAAGAAGCACGCCGCCACCGCCGCCACGCGCUUCCAGGCUCUUUUGCGCGACACCCUGCUUGUUGCCACCCCCGCCACGUCGCCCAUUGAUCUCGCCGACCUGGUCGUGCAAGAUAACGGCAGCAGCAGCGAAAGCCGCCGUGAGCUCCGCGCGCACGUGUUUCUCGAAGACGCGGCGCUGCGUCGAGCUCUUGUUGGCUUCGUUCCCCCUCCCGACGGCGAUGCGUGGUCCGCAAUCUCCCGCUUCUCGCCCGCCAGAGGCGAUGCACUCCCUGAUCUCGACGCCUACUGCGAACGCUCGCUCUCUCUCGAUCGCGAGGCCGCCGGCAAUCACAACAACGAAGUUUGCAGUUCUUGGCGUGAGAUCGGCCUUGAAUCACACGUACUUUGGGCGCAGGUUGACAAUUGCGUUGAUAUACCACCUCCUAUGGUUUCCUCUAUCCGUGAUCGCUCUGGUGUUGCCCCGCUGGAUCUCACAUUCAAUGUCAGCGGCCUAGAUCGCAGCUACCGUGACUUGAAUACGUGCGAACUCUUUUCGACAUGGAUGACAGACUCCUCGUACGCGCGGUUGCGCUCAUUACGGUUUAUGUUCUUUCCCCCACACCACUUCGAUGCUAUAUGGCAAUACCUUCGCAAGUUGGUCGUAUCUCCCAUCCAUCUCGCCUUGAUGAUGGUGAGCGAUGAAGUGGAGGCACCUCUGCAGCUACCUCCGGACAUCUGUUCUCUGCUCGCAGGCUCGAGCAUGCUUGAGUUAUGCUUGGACGACUGUUUGCCUUUGUGGGAUAUACCCAGCAUCCCUACAAACCUUACACGUCUGGACCUGAUCUGCUAUUACUCGAAGGGCCCUGCUCAUUUCCUCCCUACCUUCCGGCAGCUUGCCACAGUAUUGAUGAACUUGCGAUCACUGGAGGAACUGAAGCUUCGGAACGUCGUUCCUGAGGUCACGCCAGAGCAUGGUGUAGACCAUAUCGUGUUCCAGCCCGGAUUCAAGACUCUGCAAUUUGAGGUUUCGAACGAAAGAUUUCUUCUCGGUCGUGACUUCUUGUCACGAGUGGUUCUCCCUCCGGCGUGCACCUCUUUCAUACACUUGCACGACGAAAUGAGUUUCAUAUUCAACAUCAACGGUCUCUGGAAGUCUAUACUGUCUCUCCCGUUCGGGUUGAGAGGUCCAAAUAUACAACUCGUUGAGCUGGUCGUUGCGGGGGAGCAAUUCAUCGUGGGUUGCGUCGAGCACGAACGCCACACUUGGACCACCUCGAUCCCUCCCUUCCCUCAUGUUCACUCGAGGUCUAUCGGAACCGAUAUCUGUCAGUUGGGAGAUACAAGGGUGGCAGUAACCUGCCGAUAUCAGUCAGACUAUAAUCGUCGCGAAUGGGUACCCCUCGCGAUCACCCGUUGGAUCUCCAAAAUCCCCCUUCAUAGCUUACGCGCAAUCUCCUUCGAGCACCGAGCCCUGCAAAUUUUGACCAAUGACGAUCUUGAAGAUUUUGGAUCUGCAACCGGAAUACGCCGACUAGGGAUAGACCUUCUCGGGACUAAGACGCUUCUCUUCAAAUUGAUGGGUAAAGUUCGCCGCGGAGGCAGCUAUCAUCUCUUCCCACUCCUGGAGAUCAUUCACGUCCACCUUGGUGGCCACAACGCCUAUUCUAGCACGAAUGAAGGAGACUUGGAGGCAGAAUGCGAGUCAGAUGCGCUUGAGCUCCUCGCUUUGGUCCGGAAUCGCAAGGAAGGGGGUGCCCCUUUGCGAGAGAUUGCCAUAGAGAACGCACUCGCCGAUUGGGCCGUAUGGGAUACCAUGCGCGAAAAUGUAGCGGUGACUCUCCUGUAA